AUGUGUGGUAUCAGUGCCAUUCUUCUCGGCGAUCCCAAAGCCACCACGGCUGGUAUCGAGCUCCACGAGAGCAUCUACUAUCUUCAACAUCGUGGACAAGAUGCUGCUGGUAUCACAGUCUGCCAGGGAGGAAGAUUGUACCAGAUGAAGGGUAACGGCCUGGCCUCCAAGGUUUUCCAGGAACCAGCCCGUAUCCCCGAGACACUGCCCGGAUACGCCGGUAUUUCUCACGUCCGGUACCCUACUGCUGGAACUUCUUCUGCUUCUGAAGCCCAGCCCUUCUAUGACAGCCCCUUCGGUUUGAGUUUGGCCGUCAACGGCAACCUGGUCAACAGCACCGAACUCCGCAGCUUUUUGGAUCUCGAGGCCCACCGCCAUGUCAACACCGACUCCGACUCAGAACUUCUUCUCAACGUCUACGCACACGCUCUGCACGAGCUCGGUAAGGCUCGAGCCAAUGUGGACGACAUUUUCGCCGGCCUCCGUGAAGUCUACUCGAGGUGCAAGGGUGGCUUUGCUUGUGUUGCCAUGAUCACCGGCUUUGGUGUCCUCGGUUUUAGGGAUGAGAAUGGAAUCCGCCCCCUUUGCCUCGGAUCCCGACCUUCUGCCACUCUUGAUGGUACCAUGGAUUACUUCAUGGCCUCGGAGUCUGUUGCUCUGACCCAGCUCGGCUUUACUAACAUUGUCGACAUUCUGCCCGGACAAGCUGUUUUCAUCCAGAAGGGUGGCCACCCCCAGUUCCGACAGAUUGUCGAGAUGAAGUCGUACACCCCCGACAUUUUUGAGAUGGUCUAUUUCUCUCGACCUGACUCCUCCCAAGAUGGAAUCUCCAUCUACCGUAGUCGGCAGAACAUGGGAGAGAGGCUCGCAGAGAGAGUCAAGGAUGUGCUGGGAGAGAAGGGUGUCCAAGAGAUUGAUGUUGUUAUUCCAAUCCCCGAGACCAGCAACACAUCCGCCGCCGCCCUGGCGAGCCGCCUGCAGAAGCCGCUCUCCAAUGCUUUUGUCAGGAACAGGUACACUUUCCGAACAUUCAUCAUGCCGGGCCAAAAGGCACGACAACAGGGCAUUCGACGAAAGCUGUCGCCCAUCGCGUCCGAAUUCAAGGACAAGGUUGUCCUGUUGGUCGACGAUUCCAUCGUCCGUGGCAACACAUCGCGCGAAAUUGUUUUGAUGAGCAGAGAAGCUGGUGCCAAGAAGGUCAUCCUGGCUUCGUGUUCUCCUGAAAUCACACACCCCCAUGUGUACGGCAUUGAUCUUGCCGACCCCGCACAGCUCGUUGCUCACAAUAGGACUGUGAAGGAGAUCGCCAAGGAGAUUGGCGCCGAUGAGUUGAUCUACCAGUCACUGGAUGACCUCAAGGCCGCCUGUCUCGAUGCCAUCGAUGGCGAGACCCAGAUCAAGGACUUUGAAGUUGGAGUCUUUUCUGGAAAGUACCAGACAGAUGUGCCAGAGAGCUACUUCGAGCACCUCAGCGAGAUCCGCGCCAAGGGCAAGAAGCGAAAGAAUGUUGAGGAGGAGGGCUCAGAUGCGAAGAAGCUCACACUGGUUUCCAACAGUGGACCGGUAAAUGUGCGCAAGGUCCAAGAAGAAGAAGAGGACAAGCCUGUCAUUGACCAGGAUGACAUCAGGUAUGUGUGCCCAACAGUCUCGGGCAUGCUCUGGUAUUAA